UCCAGACCUCAUGGUGACAUCACUCUCUGUGACAUCAUUCACUGUGACAUCACCAGGCUCUGGCUGGAAUGGGCCAAUGAGAAUCUUGCAGCCUUAUUGUGAGGUCAUCGCUGCUGGGCUACUCAUUCUGGGCAGGGGGUCUCGGGGAAGCAUUGAGCUCUCUGCAGUGGCCGCGGCCAGUAGCCCACAGCGACCCGGUUAGGGACAGGCACGUUCGGAGGGACUGGGAAUCCGGACCCUCCAGCCAGACCCGCGUUCUGAACUCGCCGAGUCCUCGCGGCUCCCACCAGGUUCUGGAGUGACUGGAGCCGAGCAAUUGGGAUCCAGCUCGUUCCCUGGUUCUGACGUCCCUGGAGCCAGGAGAUCUGGAUCCAGACUCCGGUUCUGACGUCCCUGGAGCCAGGAGAUCCGGAUCCAGACCCUGGUUCUGCCAUUCCCAGAGCAGCCCGGAUCCAGACUCCGGUUCUGAAGUCGCUGAGUCAGGAGGGCCGGGAUCUGGUCGUGACGUCCCCAGCGUGGCCCGGAUCCAGACUCCGGUUCUGCCCUCCCCGUCUGUGCGAUCACCCCACUGCUCUCAUGCUCCUCCUGCUGGCUCUGUCUCUCCUGUUGGCGCUGCCCGGCGCCAGCCCCAAGGAGUGCUUCUUCUGCGAGGUGACCUCCUCCCGCUACUGCCCCAGCACCCGGAUGAGCUGCGCCCCGGACGAGGACUGCUUCGUGGGGCAUGGUGCCGCCCUGGGGGUCUCCCUCAUCCAGACCAAGGGCUGCACCCGGGCCAUCCGCUGCGGCAAGGAGCACCCCGUCACCCACAUGGGAGUGACCUACAGCCUGGUCACCCAGUGCUGCAAGGGCAGCCUGUGUAACGGGGCCGUCGCCCCCCCCCGAGGGCCCGGCCUGGGCCUGCAGCUGGUGCUGGGCACGGCCGUCCUGCUGGGGGCGCUGUGA